CAGGUUAUUUUGGGGGUCAGCUGUCAGCAGGACCCUCCUCCUCCUCUCUCUCUUUCCUUCCUCUGCCUUUCUCUGUCUGUUCUUCAUCUCUUCUCUUUCACUCCACUGAUCCGACCUCUGAUGAUGGAGACAUCAGCGAAAGUAGUGGCCCCCAAGCCGGACGUUGUGUCUUCCUCCUCAGACUCCGACAGCGCUGAAGUUGAGACGACGGCUCCGCCUGCGGCCUCCGACUCCUUCGACCCGAUGGAGGAGUUCAGCAGACGCCUGGAGAACAUCAUCAACACCCACGGCUCUGCAGCCAGCCUCCUGGACAAACAGAGCGUGGUGGAGGCAGAGAUGGAAAAGAUGAAGGAGGAGGCAAAAGAUGACAUCACCGUUACCAUGGAGAAAGAGGUUUCUGUCAUCAUGCAGAGUCUGAACGAACUCUCCUCCCCAGAGAAGAAACUGGAAGAUCUGGUCAGAAAAUAUGCUGAAAUGACGGUCCUGCGGCGCUGUGAUGAGAAGAAGCUGUGUGUUCAGCAGCAGAAGUUGUCCGUCCUGCUGGAGCAGCAGCAGCAGCUGCAGGCUGAGUGUCGCAGCGGCAUCGUAGCUCGCAGGGACCUGGAGACUCUGUGCAGAGAGCUGCAGGGAUACUACAGCGUGUUGAGGGAGGAGAGUCUUCAGAGCAGCAGGGACGAUGAGAGGAAGAGGAACGAGAUCACCGGCCACUUCCAGAAGACGCUGGUCGACAUCCAGGCUCAGAUUGAGCAACACAGCUCCCGAAACACCAAACUGUGCCGCGAAAACAUCAUCCUGACCGAAAAACUGGAGAGUCUCAUGAAACAGUGCGAGACGAGGGAGCAGAAUUUGGAAAAGAUCAACAAACAUCGCGACCUGCAGUGCCAACUGAGCGAAGCCAAACUGCAGCAGGCCAACGCUCUGCUGGCCAACGCCGAGGAGAAACACAAGAGAGAGAAAGAAUACUUGCUUAGAGAGACGCUUGACAAAACAAGGAAAUUCACCGAAAUGAAGGAGCAGGAGCUGGCCCUAAAGAAGCAGUUGCACCUCUACUCUCAGAAGUUUGAAGAAUUUCAGGAGACGCUGGCCAAGAGCAACGAAAUCUUCGCCCGCUUCAAGACAGAGAUGGAUAAUAUGUCAGAGAAGAUGAAGAAACUGGAGAAAGAGUCGAACGUGUGGAAGACGAGGUUUGAGAACUGCAACAAGGCUCUGAAUGAUAUGAUGGAGGAGAGAGCUGAGAAAAAUAAGGAGUACGACAUGUUCGUACUGAAGAUUCAGAAACUGGAGCUGUUGUGUCGUGCACUGCAGGACGAGAGGAAAAUCCUCUAUGACAAGAUCAAGGAUGUCCGCCACGCUAACUCCAACCUCCCAUCAAGGAUCUUGAGCAACUUGAUGAACCACGAUGAAACCGCCGUCACUGCGGAUGCUGACAAAUCUGUCCUGACCUCUGCGGAGCCUCAGGAGCCUCAGAAGGAGGACCCAGUCCUGACAGAGGACAUGGCCCGACUGAAUGCGGAGCAGGCCAAGCUGCAAGAGCUUGCUGACUCCCUGCUGGCAACACCCAUCGACAAUGAUGAAGAGCAGGAGGAUUUAGACUUUGAAGAAGACAUUGUGGCUUCUGCAUUUGCCCACUUCCACAACAAAUCUAAGGCCAAACAGCAGGCAGCUGAUGUCCAAUCAGAUGCAGCAGAAUCAGUUCUCCCACAGGAAGGUAAAGCUGAAGAGGCUCAAAAGCCAGAUGUGCCAACAGCUGAGGAGAAGACUUCUGAAACGACACCAACAGACCCAAAACCAGAGGCAGUAAAAGAUGAAUCACAAGUUGAGGUCAAACCAGAUGAGGAGGUCCAGCAGCAGCACUCUGAAGAGACACCAGAGCCUGAGAAAAUCCAGAUCAAUCCACCAACAGACAAAAAACCAGAAGCAGUAGAGAUCCUGGAGGAGGCUGGUGAGGUCAAACCAGCGGUCAAAGAAGAAGGUGAGACAGUCCAGCAGCAACCGGAAGAACCUGCACAGGUAACAGAAGCAGCACCAACCAAGUCAGAGCCAGCUCCAGUCUCUGAAAACACGCCUCAAACCACCGCCGUUGCCUCCAACGCCAACUCCUCCAACGCCAACUCCUCCAAGAAGCAGGCGCCAAAGAAAAAGAAGAGGAGGAACGGCAAGAAUGCUAACUAAACGUUAGGAUGUGCUGACGGUGUGUGUGUUUGUGCGUGUGUGCGUGCGUGUGUGUGCGCGUGUGUGUGGUGUUAUUUAUACUUUGCCUGUGCACCUUUUGUAAAGGUUCAAAUCUUUACUUUGCCUCAAGUGGUGCAGCUGAAGUGAUUCAUUUUCUCAAGAAUCAAUAUCACCAGAUGAGAACACACAAAUAAACCAGCUGUAUUUUACAGUUUAAAUGUCUGAAUGAACAUUUAGUUUGGCAAGACAGAAGAGAUUAAAGUUUUAACUGAACUCUAAGGAUGUCUAAACUGAGAUGAGCAAGCACUGAGAAAGAUUUCUAGUCAGAAAUAUUAAAUGUUAACAAAAGUGCCAUAAAGAGUUUAAGUUUUGCCAGAACAAAAUCAUUGUUUGGUCUCUAUGCCAGUGAAAAUGCAGUGUCUCUUUUAAACCAGAAACCACAAUGCACUUUGGCAACUCCAAUAAAGUGAUUUCUUUUGACAAUUUUA